AGAAGUUGCCAACACAUUUGUCAUCUUUCUUUUAAUUUUCCCCUUCUUUUUUCAAUAUUGAUGGCGCAACGCACGUGGCAUUGUUUUGCCCAUCAAUCCCCGGAUAUAAUUUGGCUGCAAAAGGCAUACAUUCUUGUAGUCCCUACCGUUCAUCAGCCUAAUUUCAUACACUGUAACUUCUUCCAUGGCCUUGCAACCAGCUCUUCCAAGGGUUUAUGAUGUGUUCUUGAGUUUUAGAGGUGAAGAUGUUCGACAAAACUUUAUUUCUCACCUAUAUGAUGCUUUGCGUAAAAAGGGAAUCAACACUUACAUUGAUGAGCACCUUGAAAGAGGAAAGGAAAUUUCACCUACACUUCUCAAAGCUAUUGAGGAGUCAAGGAUCUCGAUUAUCGUUCUUUCUAAAAACUAUGCAUCAUCCACGUGGUGUUUGGAGGAGCUGAUGAAGAUUCUCGAGUGUAGAGAAAUAAAACAACAAAUAGUUCUACCGGUGUUUUACAAAGUGCAUCCAUCGAUAGUCCGGAGACAAAAGAAAAAUUAUGGAGAGGCAUUGGCCAACUACAAAGACAAAUUGAAUGAUGAUACAAAGGUGGAUAGCUGGAAGGCUGCGCUAAAGGAAUUGGCCAAUUUCUCUGGGUUCCAUUUAAAGAAGGAUGGGAAUGAAUCUGAAUUUAUCGAUAGCAUCAUUCAACUGGUGGACUCAAAAAUAAUAAAUCAAACAUACUUUGAGGUUGCCAAUCAUCCAAUUGGAGUGGUGUCUCGUGUGCAGCAUGUAUAUUCCCUUUUAAGCAUCGGAGAGAAUGAUAUUGUACAUAUGGUAGGGAUCUUUGGAGUUGGAGGAAUUGGAAAGACAACUAUUGCCAAAGCGAUAUAUAAUAUAAUUUCUUCUAAAUUUGAAGGUAGUUGUUUCUUGAAAAACAUUAGAGAAUCUUCAAAGAGCGAGUAUGGUUUGGUCCAAUUGCAAGAGACUCUUCUUUCUCAUAUCCUAGGAGCAUCUUUGGUAUGUAAUAUUGGCCACGUCGACAGAGGAAUCAAUGUGAUAAAGAAUAAACUUUGUUAUAAAAGAGUUCUUCUAAUUCUUGAUGAUGUGGAUGAUUGGGAACAAUUGAAAGCUUUGGCCGGAAAUCGUAAUUGGUUUGGUUUUGGAAGUAGAAUCAUUAUAACAACAAGGGAUAAAAAUCUACUAUGUAACUAUGAAGUUGAUGCAACAUAUGAAGUGGAGGAAUUGAACCAUUAUGAAGCUCUAGAGCUAUUUAGUUUGUGUGCCUUUAAAAGAAAGAAACCACUUAAUAACUACAUGGAACUUACACAACGUAUAAUACGUUAUGCUGGGGGCCUUCCUCUAGCUUUGGAAGUGCUUGGUUUGGAUCUAUGUGGUAGAAGUAUACAUGAAUGGGAAAGUGCUUUGGAAGAGUACAAAAGAAUUCCUCACCAGAAGAUUCAAAAAAUACUUAGAAUGAGCUAUGAUAGUUUGCGUGAAAGUGAGAAGAAGAUUUUUCUUGACAUUGCAUGUUUCUUCAAGGGAGAGAAAGUAGAUUAUGUUGUGAAAAUAUUAGAUAGUUGUGGUUUAAGUCCAAAUAUUGGAAUAAAAAAACUGAUGGAUAAGUCUCUCAUUACCAUUGAUUGUAAUAAAUUUGAGAUGCAUGACUUGGUACAAGAUAUGGGUAGAGAAAUUGUUCGAGAAGAAUCACCAAAAGAGCCCGGUGGACGCAGUAGAUUGUGGUUUCAUGAAGAUAUUCGACAUGUACUUGAAGAAAAUACGGGAACAAACCAAAUUGAAGGCAUGCUGAUAGAUUUACCUAAAAAUGACAUGAUAUGCUUGAGUUCGGAGGCAUUCAUGAAGAUGAAAAACCUAAGAUAUUUCAUAAAUCAUAAUGCACGCUUCUCUAGAAGUCCUAGUUAUCUUUCUAACGAGUUAAGAGUGCUUAAUUGGGUGGAAUAUCCUUCACAAUCGUUGCCAUAUAAUUUCCAUGGAAGAAAGCUGGUUGAUCUUAGAAUAAGUGAUAGCCUCUUCAAGGAAUUGGGAGUGGGAUUCCAGAAUUUCCAGAACUUGGCCAGGAUGGACUUCUCUCUUUGUGAAUUUCUGACAAAAAUCCCCGAUCUUUCUCAGAUUCCAAAUUUAGAGUGGUUGGAUGUUGAUGAUUGUACAAACUUAGUUGAGGUUCAUGCUUCAGUAGGAUCCCUUGAUAAGCUUGAGCAUCUCUCAUUUGCCCAUUGCACUAAGCUUAUCGGUUUGCCAACAAAGCUCAAGUUUAGGUAUCUUAAAUACCUCCGGGUUGACGGUUGCUUAAGCCUUCAGCAUUUCCCUGAAAUAGAGUUUGAAAGGGAAUGUUUAAGGCAUCUUAGUUUAGCAAACACCAAUAUAAAAGAAUUGCCUUUAUCCAUUGGGCACCUCUCUGGGCUUGAAGUAUUGCAUCUAGGAGGCUGCAAAAAUCUUGUGCAUCUCCCCACUAGAAUUCUUCGAUUUCAACGUCUGAAGUAUCUUAGUCUAGCCGGCUGUUCAAAACUUGUUUUUAUUCCAAAUAUCUCGACGGAUGAUUGUUGCUCAAUAGACCUUCCAGCGCUGGAACAUUUGGAUCUUGAAAAUUGUCACCUGCCAAACCCUGAUAUCCUGAUGAGACUCAAUCGCUAUUUUACUCUGCAGUAUUUAAUUCUAUCAGGGAGUGAUAUUAUUAGGCUUCCAGAAAGCAUUACCAUGUUUUUUGACAUGAUGUACAUUGAGUUGAUAGAUUGCAAGAAACUUCAAGAAAUUCCUGCACUGCCCCCAAAUAUACAAAUCGUAGAUAUAACUGGGUGCAUGUCAUUGGAAAGAUUUUCAGAUGGAUUAAAAGUACCGCACCUCUUUACAAGUCAAAUGCGAGACCAACGAUGGAUUGACUCGUCCUUAUGCCUCAAAAUUCAUAGGAAUAUAGAUGGGUUUUCGGAAUACUUCAAAAACCAUUCAGGCAAUAAUAUAUUUCCGGGGAAUAGGAUUCCAGAAUGGUUUAACCAUACGAAGCAAAAUUCCAAAAAUUGGAUUCCAGACCGAUUCAACGAUCUUGAGCCGUAUUCAGCAAAUAUGAAUCAAGAUUGCAGCUAUUUUAAGCAGACUCUAUAUCGUAGUUCUUGUCAAAUAACAAUAAAUGGGCUGAAAACUUUGGAAAAUAUAAGAGGAGUUGCUAUAUGUGUCGUUCUCGAACCCAUUCUGAAGAUCUACCCCCAAAAAGGUACUACUCUUACAGUCAAGACCGGAAGGGAUGUUUUCCCUUAUAUUGAGUGUUUGCCGGGACAUCAUGUUUAUUUAAGGGGUUCAGAUGCUCAUGUAUGGCUAAAUUACACCAUUUUAGAUGAUCAUAUGAACCCAUUAAAUCUGGAAUUGAAUGUUGGUAGUGCACAUAAACCGGUGUUCUUCAAAAGUUGCGGAGUCCAUCUGAUAUUCAAGAAUGAAAAGGAAGGAAAAGAUCAUCUAGGUUUUCUGCAUUUAAUGGAUGGUAUUGGAGGUUGGAAGAGGAGGUGUGUCGAUGAUGACCGCUACUUGGAAUCCACUUCAUGCCCACAACCGAACAGGGGUUCCUCAACCUUGGCCAUCAAUUUUGAAUUUCAAGGAUUCUCUGAACAGUUUGGAGGAGGAACUUACAAAUAAUUUGCAUCUUGAAUUGUCCCCUUAAUUGCGGAUCAGGUUUUCUUGUUUAGGAACUGAUCAUCACAAUUUGGUGUUUUGGUUUGACAGUCUCCUGUAUAUGAAUAUUAUCAUCCCUGUUAGACCAUUUGUGUAACCGUGAUCCGUGUACAUUUUCUUUUAAUCUUUCUUCUUUAGUUUCCAAUUUCC